UGGCGUGUUUGACGUUGUUGUUGUAGGUGCUGGAGAGUUAGUUUGUCGGCGGAGGCUUUGCUGGAUGUUCGCCUCGUUUCUCGGGACAUUAAAGUUGAUCUUUGUCUGUUUCGGGAGGAUGUCCUCUGGAGGCGGGGGCGCGCCGUGCCACACCUGAGGAGCAUGCAGAGCGCGCGGCCGCGGACGGUGUGGCUGUGCACGACCGUCUGAUGAUCACAUGACCUUCUGAUGAUCACAUGACCGUGGACAUGGACGCCGUUCUGUCCGACUUCGUCCGUUCCACCGGAGCUGAGCCGGGGCUGGCCCGAGACCUGCUCGAGGGGAAGAACUGGGACUUUACGGCGGCCCUCAGCGACUUCGAGCAGCUCCGGCAGGUCCACGCGGUGCACCUGUCGUACUCCCUGGGCGAGGACAGGGACAGGGACAGGGACCUGCCUCGGGUCGGCCGGCCGCUCCUGCAGCGCCAAGAGGAGGUCAUGCAAGCCACAGAGAAGCGUUUGUCUCGGGGCAUUUCUCACGCCAGCUCCACCAUCGUGUCGCUCGCUCGUUCUCACGUGUCCACAGGAGGCGCCAGCAGCGACAGCCUCCUGGACACGCCCCUCUGCACCUUCCAGCUGCCCAACCUCACCGUGUACCACGACGACUUCCGCAACUUCAUCGAGAGGGACCUGAUCGAGCAGUCCAUGAUGGUGGCACUGGAGCACGCGGGGCGACUCAACUGGUGGACCAAAGUCGUUCCAAACUGUCAGAAUCUGUUGCCGUUGGCGACAAGUGGAGACGGAAACUGCCUGUUACACGCCGCGUCUCUGGGGAUGUGGGGUUUCCACGAUCGUGACCUGAUGUUGCGUAAGUCUCUUUACGCUCUGAUGGAUCACGGCCUGGAGAGAGACGCUCUGAGGAGACGCUGGAGAUGGCAACAAACACAACAGAACAAAGAGUCAGGUCUGGUUUACACGGAGGACGAGUGGCAGAAGGAGUGGAACGAACUGUUGAAGCUGGCGUCAAGUGAACCAAGAAUACACUACAACAACACAACCGGUAGUGAGCCGUCGGAGGAGCCGGUGUACGAGAGCCUGGAGGAGUUCCACGUGUUCGUUCUGGCUCACGUGCUGAAACGUCCCAUCGUGGUCGUCGCCGACACGAUGCUGCGCGACUCUGGAGGAGAAGCCUUUGCCCCCAUCCCGUUCGGGGGCAUCUACCUGCCCCUGGAGGUGCCCGCCCCCAAGUGCCACCGCUCGCCCCUGGUGCUGGCGUACGACCAGGCCCACUUCUCCGCCCUCGUGUCCAUGGAGCAGAAAGAGGGCGCCAAAGAGCAGGUGGUCAUCCCUCUGACAGACUCUGAGCACAAACUGUUACCUCUGCACUUCGCCGUCGACCCCGGGAAAGACUGGGAGUGGGGCAAAGACGACACCGACAACGUCAUGCUGGCCAGUGUGACUUUGUCUCUGGAGGCGAAGUUGAAUCUGCUGCACAGUUACAUGACGGUCGCCUGGCUCCCCCUGCCCUGCGAGCAGGCUCCUCUGGCUCAGCCCGAGUCGCCCACGGCGUCGGCGGGAGACGACCCGCGCUCGCCCCCCGACUCCGAGUCUGACAAAGAGUCGGUCAGCAGCACGUCCAACGGCGCCACGUCCAACGGCGCCACGGACGCCAAGACGUCCACCGUCUCCAAAGACAAGAGCCGCAAGGACAAGGCCGACAAGGACAAGAAGAGGGCCGACUCCGUGGCCAACAAACUGGGCAGCUUCGGCAAGAGUCUGGGGAGCAAACUGAAGAAGAACGUGGGGGGUCUGAUGACCGGGAAGAACCCCGGAACCACGGGCCCCAAGGGCGACGCCGCCGCCGCCGAAAAGAAGAAGGGCUCCUUCAGAAGCAGGAAGGACAGUAAGGACAGUCAGUCGGCCCAAACCUCAGAGGAGUCGGGUGGCGAGCGGCAGCCCGGGCACAGCGGCGGCAGCAGCGGCGGCAGCAGCACCGAGACCGACCCGUACAAAUACAGCGCCGACGUCAAGACCAGCCUGGGCAUCCUGCGCGCCGCCAUGCAGGGCGAGCGCAAGUUCAUCCUGGCCAGUCUCCUCACCACCAGCAACCGCCAGCCCUUCCAAGAGGAGAUGAUCCAGCGCUACCUGCUGGACGCCGAGGAGCGCUUCAGGGCGGAGCAGGAGCAGCAGAAACGGGAGGCGGAGAGGAAGGCGGUCGCCAACGGUCCCAACAAGGACGUCCUGGGCGCCACCGACCUCAGCUACCAGCCCUACGAGCACAAAGAGGAACCCGAGAAGCCCUCGUUUAAGCCCACUCCCCUCGCCCCCUCCAUGUACUCUGCCGUGGUGCCCAUCCCCCGCCCCACCAUCAUCGACCCCCUCCCGGAGCCCCUGCCCCCGCACGCGCGCCUGGCCGUGGACGGCCGCCGUCAGCUGGCCGGGGGCUGUCCCGCCUCGUACUUGGGCGUGCCGUCUUACGCCACCUUACCUCGUCACUGCCCGUCGGCGCAGAUCCCCCCUCACCCGCCGUACGACCCUCCCGCCAGCCCCUCCCGCCUCGCCCCCCCCUACCCCCCCGAGUACGGCGCGCCGGACUAUCUCCGCUCGGAGCCGGCGCCGCCCUACGCCGACGGCUUCCGGGACGCGCGGCUCUCGGACCCGCGGCUCUCGGACCCGCGGCUCGGCGUCCCGCUCAGACACUACUCUGUGGGCAGCGCGGGGGGGCUGUCCACCCGCUGCAGGACACUGGACUGUCCCUACUACGGACACCCUGAAACCAGUAACUUCUGCUCCUACUGCUACGAGGAGCUGAAGAAAAGGGAGUCAGAACCUGUCGUGCACCGGUUCUGACCCGAGCCACCGUGGCCUUUAAGACACACACACUUUGUUUUGACUCAGUUUCCUGUCGACCCCGAGGCUCAAAGCGCCGCUUCACGUUCUGUUCACACUAAACACUACACCGGGUCCCACCGGGUCCCACCAGGUCCCACCGGGUCCCACCCGCCCGAGCCGGAGCCGCACCCGUAUGGUAUCGGAUCAGAUAUUGGCACUGAUAUCCAAAAUUUUGGUGGAUCAGGUAUCGGCUUCAAAGAUAAAUCAAUUUGGUCUGAGUGUAACACUAAGUAUAUCACACACAGAGUAACACCCAGUGUGUUACACACUAGUGUGUAACACACUGGGUGUUACACACUAGUGUUACACACUGGGUGUUACACACUAGUGUUACUCUGCGUGUGAUAAAAUUCUUCAUUGGCCCAAACGUCUCAUAUGAAACUUGUAUUUUUACAAAGUUCUUCUGUAGUUCCACAUUUGGAUCAUUUUUAUCUUCUGCUGUUUGUGUUUAAAGGAAAUAAAUUAUAUUUUCAGUCUC